ACAUCACAUUACAGCACUACUAGCUUUAUUUCUAACGCCAACCAAGAAUAUGAUGAAUAAUAAUUUGCUCUCACAGUCAACCCUGCCAUUUACCAUAUGUGCUACAUUGUUGUUUCUCUCCGUUCUUUAUAGGAUACGCAGAAGCAACAAUAGUACUAGUGUAGCUUCAAAGACACUCCCACCAUCACCACCAGAAAUCGGCGGUGCUUGGCCUUUAAUCGGACACCUCCACCUUUUAAGCGGCUCCCAACCACCUCACGUCAUCUUAGGGAAGUUAGCCGACAAAUACGGACCUAUCUUCACCUUACGUUUAGGUGUUCAUCGAACUUUAGUUAUAAGCAGUUACGAAAUGGCAAAACAGUGUUUCACUGUAAACGACAAAGCAUUUGCUUCCCGUCCUAAAUCUGUAGCCUUUGAAAUUCUAGGCUAUAAUAUUUCCAUGUUUGGUUUUAGCCCCUAUGGUUCCUAUUGGCGCACCAUGCGCAAGAUCGCCACUGUCCACGUCUUCUCCCCCCAACGAAUAGAGAUAUUGCUCAAACACGUGAUGGAAUCUGAGGUGAAAACAGCAAUAAAAAAUAGUUACAAUUUUUGGCAAACGAUGAAGAACGAGGGUAAUCCUGAAAAGGCAAUUACAGAUAUGAAAAAAUGGUUUGGGGACAUAGCUAUAAAUGUUAUGUUUAGAACGGUUAUGGGAAAACGUUUUGACGGUGAUGAAGAAGAAAAUCAACGGAUUAGAAAAGCACUUAGGUCCUUGUUCGAUCUCACCGGUUCAUUUGUUAUAUGUGACACGUUGCCGUAUUUGAGAUGGUUGGAUUUGGAUGGAAAAGAGAAGGAAAUGAAGAAAACGGCAAAAGAGUUGGAUGAUUUUGUUAGUGUUUUGCUCGAUCAACACAAACGUAAUAGGAAUUCUAGCGGCGAACUCGACUUCAUGGAUGUUCUCCUUUCCACCAUUGAUGGUCAAGAUUUGGACGGUCGUGAUUCCGACACUGUAAUCAAAGCUACUUGUCUAGCACUAAUUCUAGCGGGCAAUGACACAACAUCGGGAACAUUGACUUGGGCACUCUCUUUACUCCUCAACAACCGUGAAGUCCUAAACAAGGCAAUUCAAGAAUUAGAUACACAAAUUGGCAUGGAAAAUAUGGCAAUAGAAACAGAUUUGACAAAGUUGAAUUAUCUCCAAGCUAUUAUCAAGGAAACAUUGCGUUUGUAUCCGGCCUCACCACUCAAUGUUCCUCAUCAGUCCAUUGAAGAUUGUAUUGUUGGUGGAUACCAUGUGCCGGCUGGGACGCGUCUUUUAACCAACGUUUCAAAACUUCAACGAGAUCCAACAUUAUACUUGAAUCCGUUAGAGUUUCGACCAGAGAGAUUUCUCACAACUCACAAGAAUGUUGAUGUCAAGGGUCAACAUUUUGAAUUGAUUCCAUUUGGUUCGGGUAGAAGAAUGUGCCCCGGAAUUUCAUUUGGUCUUCAACUUAUGCAAAUAACACUCGCUACUUUGUUGCAUGGAUUUGAUAUAGUGACUCCAACUGAAGGACCAAUUGAUAUGGUUGAACAAAAUGGCCUCACUACUAUCAAAGCAUCUCCGGUUGAAGUCAUUCUCACUCCACGUUUGUCUACACAAGUUUUUAGUCAAAAUCCAUGAUCGUGCAUAUUGUGAUUCUACUAAAUUCACCAUUAGAUCAUUUAGUUUGCACCAAAAGGACAUUUGGCUUUAUUUAAUUAUGCAUUACUGUAUCUUGGAGAUUGGUUGUCCUCGUUUCUAGUAUUUUUUUUAGGUGUUCUUUGUUUGUUGGCUUUGGGAGUACUAGUGUUGUGUGAUGUUGGAGGGUGGCUGUGUGUGCCCUUUGUUUGGGCAAGUGUAAACUACUAUGUUUAGUUUGAUGGUAAGGGGUUUAGAUAUUAUAUUAGAGGUUUUGAAUUCAAUCCUCAGCUCCAUUGCAGAAAAAAAAAAUCUGUAAUCAAUGAAUAAAAGAAAGAUUUGUGUUUGAGGAGUGCUAGCAACACACUCUUUAACAAACACACUCUAACACACUUUCUUCUAUUGGUUAAAAUUUAUAUGGGUCCCAUAAAAAUUAUAUGGGUCCACAUUUUUUUAUGGGACCCAUGUGAAUUUCAACCAAUAAAAGAGAGUGUGUUGAA